AAACUCAUUGGCACCACCUGCUGCUGUUAGUUCGCUUUGUUUGCUUCAAUACAUUUUACCAAACCCAGAGUCGCUAGAGCUAGAGAAGAUUGAAAUGUAGGAAGAAGCAAACACAAGCGAGACGAAGACGUCGUAGAUAGAUACGGUGUUCUAGACUUAGUGUAUCUCGCGCUAAUUAGACGCGAAGGCCAUGUGAUUUACACGCGUGUGGUUAGACCUGCCUCAUCAUCAUCGAAAAGCGGAAGCUGGCAUCACCAACAGGAUAGUUAUAUAUACAGAAGAAGACAGCACAACAGGUAAAAGACAACCUUUGCCAAUUCCCUCGAAUGUCCUUGAUUUGGCGCACGCAAGCUUCUAGGGAUAUCAAUUGUCCACACAUAAUAUUAAUUUUCUUUUCAAUUGCUGCCAUUACUAUCGCACGAUCCAACCCAACCCAUACGAAAACCAUCCCUCCUACCUACUUGUUCCUGCAUACCAUACAUCCCGCAAACAUGACUCGAGCUCAACAGACCCUCUCUGUCAUCCUCUUAAUCACAUCGCUCUAUCUCGCCCUCUACCUCGGUCUCGUCCCUCUAAAUCCCACCAUCCAGAACGAAAUAAUACCAGUCCUCCCCUUCUACUCCCUCAUGGUCAUAGGCGCCUACAUGCUCUUCCGUCUCGGCUGGGGCGUCUAUGCCUUCAACGACGUGCCGGAGGCGCACGAGUCGCUGCAGAAGGAGAUUCUGGAGGCGAAGAACCAGUUGCGGAUGGCGAAGGUGGAUGUUGAUUAGGGAUGUAGGGGUUUUUUUUAUGUUUUGUUUUGCUUUAUUUUUAUUUUAUUUUAUUUUUAAGUUCUCUCUUUUGCUUUGUUUUGUUUUGUCUUGAUUGGGGCUGUGGUUGUAGUGAAUGGAUGGGAUUUUGAAAGGGGAGGGGAGGAAGGGGAAUGGAACGGUGGUAGGUAGAUGGAAGGGUGGUGGGGUGAGAAACUUGGAGCUGUCAGCCUUCUUUUUAUUGAGAAUGGGUGUAUAAAGAGAGAAAGGUUGGGCUUUGUGCAAGGGGGAUGGUUUCCUUGUCUCUCUCUCUCUCUCUCUCUUUUUUUUUUUUUUUUUUUUUUUUUUUUUUUUUUUUUUCCUGUUAGUAUACAUGUUUAUUUUAGCUUUUGUUAAUUUGUUAGAUAUCCUGCACGAUUCUAUGUUUGCUUUUCUUUUUUAUUAUUAUAGUAUAUGAAAUUAAUAAAUACACAUAUGACAGAGAAGAGGAUUCGGAACUGUCCCGCGAGGCUUUUUUUUUAGCAUUGACAAUAACCACCAAGGAUGAACAUGAUAUCAUGUUAUCCGCCUCGUCAGAAGUGAUCAUUAUUUAAUCGAGUACGAAAUACUACAAGACCGCAUCGAGAUGACAGUUUUAAUUGGAGACGAGGUAAUGUGUGAUGCACGUAUUCAUUAGGAUGUUUCCAUAUCGUCACUCAAGCUACUUGUCAUUUUGGGCAGUCUUUGUGUGUUUCUCUUGCCA